AUGGCCCUGGGCUUCGUGGUCCUACUGCUGGUGGGGACAGCAGGGACAGCCUGCAAGGCUCAGCAGGUGCUGACCCAGCCGACCACCGUGCUGGUGCUGCCCGGGCAGACCGCCCGGCUGUCCUGCACCCUCAGCCCCCAGUACAACAUCACCGACUUCGGCAUCACCUGGUACCAGCAGCGCCCGGGGCAGGCCCUCAGGUACCUGCUCUACUACAACUCGGAGCACGACAACCACAAACCCGCCAGGAUUCCUGACCGCUUCUUCGCUACCAAAGACCUUGCCCGCAACGCCUGCAUCCUCACCAUCACGGACGCCCAGGAGGAAGACAACGGCAGAUAUUACUGCUCGCUGUCCUCCACCAACAGCUGGCUGUAG